GGUCGCUAUAUAAGAUGUUGAUAGAUUAAAACCAGUUAGUGUCAUUCUGUGUCAGUUGUCGGCAGAUACCACCACAAGAUGAAGCUCUUAGUCUUUUUACUCGCUAUUGCAGUCGUCUACGGACAGAACGAGAAGACAUGUAUUCACUCGAACCACGACCAGAUCGUGGCUGACAAGGUAGUUCAGAAGGUCUACCAAGACAUGCACAAGGGGCGUGGCCCUGACGAACCUAUCUCGGAGACCGACAUCGCCUUCGAGUUCGUCGCCAAGUUCAACACGGACUUUAACUUCCUCGAGGUGACGCGACACGAGUUCAUCUCCCGAUGGGAACACGUCUACCGCGACGUGCCCGGCUUCGCCGCCUACAUCUUCGAGCACCUUGACGUCACCGCCGACGGUAAACUGACCGUUGAUGACGCUGCCGGCGUGAUCACUGCUAUUGACUCCAACAAGGACGGAGUCGCCACUGGUCGCGAGUUCGAACUGUGGAUGCUCGACCUUUACCAUAACUGCAGAGAGGUUGGCUGGUACCAUGGUGACAAAAAUUAAAUUGUUUGCCAAAU